GCCUUUUCCCUUAGUUGGGGGAGAACAGGGCUAUGAAGGUUUCCAGGUUGGUUUAUGGGGAAUUGUCAGAAUGGAAGUAUUGGAAAUCAACUCUUCGUGUCAAGAGAUGCGUGAUAUUAAGGAAAUGUAAUUGAAUUGAAGAUCCAGCAGCAACUAGACCCUAACUUGGGUAUCUGGCCCAGGUUUGUGAAGAAACAGCUGUAAAACUACAAGUCCCAGGAUGCCUUUCACUAGUGAACACACUAUAUGGUGUCUGCAUAAGAGUUCACACAUGCUCAGUGUAGUAGCUGAAGCCUAUUUUCCAUAGGUUCUUGCCUAAGUUAAAUAAGGAGGAGCAAGUGGCCCCACCCCAAAACCAGUCUUUAGGAUUGGUGUUUGAGCCAAACCCCAGGGUUGGGCCGGAAUUUACCUUUGUACUUCACUCGGGUCAGAGUUGGUGACUGGCCUGAUGGUGACUAGCUGGGUGCGUCUGGAACUGGCUGCUGUCCUGAAUCAUCUCAGAACUGCAAGCAGGUCCUGCCUGAGCCACGAUGGCCUCUCAGCUACUCAGGCUGGCAGAAGAGUCUGGUGUAAGCCCUGGGGAGUCUGAACUGGCUGUGAACCCCUUUGAUGGGCUUCCCUUCUCUACCCGCUACUAUGAGCUUCUUGAGCAACGCCGAGCUUUGCCCAUCUGGGCCACUCGUUUUAUCUUCUUGGAGCAAUUGGAGAGUAGCCCCACUGGAGUAGUGCUGGUGUCUGGAGAGCCUGGCUCUGGCAAGAGCACUCAGAUCCCUCAGUGGUGUGCAGAAUUUGCGCUGGCCAGGGGGUUCCAGAAGGGCCGAGUAACUGUCACUCAGCCCCAUCCUCUGGCAGCUCUAAGCCUGGCUCUGCGUGUUGCUGAUGAGAUGGACCUGGCUCUGGGUCAUGAAGUUGGAUACAGUAUCCCUCAGGAGGAUUGCACCGGGCCCGAUACCCUGCUCAGGUUCUGCUGGGACAAACUUCUUCUGCAGGAGGUGGCCUCAACCCGGGACACUGGAGCCUGGGGUGUGCUGGUGCUGGAUGAGGCUCAGGAGCGGUCAGUGGCCACAGAUGUGCUUCAGGGGCUGCUGUGUGAUGCCAGGCUGGGAAACCUUCCCGGGGACCUCAGAGUGGUUGUGGUUACUGAUCCAGCCCUUGAGCCUAAGCUCCAAGCCUUCUGGGGAAAUCCUCCCGUUGUGCAUGUAUCUGGAGAACUUGGCAGUUGUCCCAUCCCCAUCUAUAGGGACAUUGUCCCUACGGAUCGUGUGGAAGCUGUCUGCCAAGCUGUGCUUGAAUUGUGUCAGAAGGAGACUCCAGGAGACGUGCUAGUGUACCUACCCAGUGAGGAGGAAAUUUCCUUGUGCUGUGAAUCCUUGUCCAGAGAGGUGGGUUCCUUGGCUCUCCAAAGGCCCCCUCCACGGGUGCUACCCCUCCACUCAGGCGUUGGUCAAGCUAUUCAGGCUGUAUACGAGGACACAGACUCGGGUGCCCAAAAGGUGGUAGUCACUCACUGGCUGGCUGACUUCUCCUUCUCGCUCCCUUCCAUCCAACAUGUCAUUGACUCAGGACUGGAGCUUCGAAAUGUUUACAAUCCUCAGAUCCGAGCAGAAUCCCAAGUGUUGAGGCCAAUCAGCAAGUGCCAGGCAAAGGCAAGACAACUUCGGGCAAGAGGGUUCCCACCAGGAUCCUGCCUCUGCUUAUAUCCUAAGUCCUUCCUAGAAGUGGCUCCUCUACUACCCCAACCCAGGGUGUGUGAGGAGAAUCUGAGCCCCCUGGUAUUACUGCUCAAGAGGAAACAGAUUGCAGAGCCAGGGGACUGUCACUUCCUGGAUCGGCCAGCUCCAGAAGCCCUGAUGCAGGCCCUGGAAGACUUAGACUAUCUGGCAGCCCUGGAUGAUGAUGGGGACCUGUCAGACCUGGGAAUCAUCCUUUCAGAGUUUCCCCUGCCCCCUGAGCUGGCAAAAGCCCUGCUGGCCUCCUGCGAGUUUGAGUGUGUGGAUGAGAUGCUCACCCUCGCCGCCAUGCUCACUGCUGCCCCUGGGUAUACCCAUCCUCCUCUCUGUGCAGAAGAAGCUGCCUUGCGUCGGGCCCUGGAACAUGCGGAUGGUGAUCAUAGCUCUCUGAUCCAGGUGUACGAAGCCUUUAUACAGAGUGGAACAGACAAGGCUUGGUGCCAGGCUCGGGGUCUAAACUGGGCAGCACUGUGCCAAGCCCAGAAACUUCGAGGAGAACUCCUAGAACUCAUGCAACGAAUUGAACUUCCCUUGUCCCAACCAGCCUUUGGUUCUGAGCAGAAUCGAAGAGACCUUCAGAAAGCACUGGUGUCUGGAUACUUCCUUAAGGUGGCCCAAGACACAGAUGGAACUGGAAAUUACCUGCUCCUGACCCAUAAGCACGUGGCCCAGCUCUCUCCAUACUGCUGCUACCGAAACCGUAGGGCUCCAGCCAGACCCCCGCAGUGGGUGCUUUACCACAAUUUCUCCAUUUCCAAAGACAACUGCCUUUCCAUUGUUUCUGAGAUUCAACCACAGAUGCUGGUAGAAUUGGCCCCUCAGUACUUCCUGAGUAACUUGCCCCCCAGUGAGAGCAGAGACCUUCUAAACCAUCUGAGGGAAGAAAUAGCAGAUGCUUCAACAGGGAAUGAAUCUACCUCCACCAAAGAGUUUGGAGAUCCCUGUGUCCUGCAGUGACUACCUAACAAUUGGAACAACUCAUCUCAUUGCAUGUGAUCCUCCCUCAAGCUAGCACCAAGGAAGCCAGCUGGAUUUCAAAGCCCAAAGUUUAGGGUAAAAUGUAAAGCCUGGAACCUGAGCCUCAAGAAAUGGUGGACUAAGAGUGGAAUGGACAGGGUAAGCUAGUCUACACGGGGCAGGACCCUUGCUGUAUUCUCCUAUUUGUUGGAGAGGGACCGACUGUACCCUACUGUACCCUCAAUUUAUAACAAACCUAUUCUUGUACUUCUUUUGUUCUAUAAAAGUUAUUUUUCUGUGGUGCCAAA